AUGGCACUCGUCUCGCUCCAAAGCUCUCGUGCUCGGCAGGUCGUCGAGAUUGAUGGUCGAGGCUCCCUUGCGAACUUCGCAAACGGAGAAGUCCAAGCACCAAGAAAAGUCAAAUCCCGGAAGCCGACGGCGUUUGCUGCAGCGCCACCGGCCAGUGGAGUCGGCUUCGAGGGUGAAGAAGAUAUUGAAGAGGUGGAGGUCGACCAGACACCCAAACGAAAGGUCCAUGGGCGCCAGGCUACGGCCUUCGCUCCAAAGAAAACUGCAGAUGUCGACUUUGAUGACGAUGCAGAGGAGAUGGACGUCGAGGAGGACGCCAGCGGCCCAAAGCGCUCCGUACAUGGGCGCCAGGCCACGGCCUUCGUGCCAAAACGGGCGACCACAAGCGUAGAAUUUGAAGAUGACGCUGAGGAUGUUGAAGAAGUUGCAAUAGAUAAGACGCCAAAGAGGAAGGUGCAUGGACGCCAACCUACAGCGUUUGUGCCGAAGGCACAAGCCAGCAGUGGCGUCAACUUCGAAGAUGAUGUGGAAGAGGUGGAUGGGGAUGAGGAUGAGGAUGAUGCACCCAAGAGGAAUGUCCACGGGCGAAAGCCAACGGCUUUCGUGCCAAAAGGCAAGCCCAUGGCUUCAGUGGAAUUCGAUGAUGAGGACGACGACGUGGAUGAGGUCGAAGUUGACCAAACGCCAAAGCGAUCCGUCCAUGGACGCCAGCCGACAGCUUUUGUCAAGAAGGCCAAAGUGUCAACCGGGCAGGUUGCCUUCGAGGAUGCUGCGGAAGAGGUAGAUGCGGAGGAAGAUGACGGCGGACCAAAGCGGUCUGCACAUGGCCGGAAAGCCACGGCGUUUGUCCCAAAGUCGAGGGCUGCACCCGGUGUCAGCUUCGAUGAUGAUGCUGAUGAAGUUGAGGUAGAAGGGCAUGACGAAGGAGACGGGCCCAAGCGGUCCGCGCACGGCCGCAAGGCCACUGCCUUCGUCCCCAAGGCAAAAGCGACGGCAGUGAGCUUCGCAGGAGAGCACGAAGAGGAAGAGGGAGGAGACGCUUUGAAGCGCUCUCCGAAGAAAAGGCAAGGGACAGCCUUCGUUCCGAAGCUGCCCUUGGCUCAGGACGAUGACGAGGUGCGAUUCCGCGGAAACGACAGCGUCAACGAGACGCACGAGGAUGCUGAGUCCGGCCAGAUACAUGCGACGGUGCGCAAGCGGGUGCCCACAAAGUUCGUGGAUGUGAAG